CUGCACCCGGAGUUGCUCUCGGAGGAGUUCCUGCUGCUCACCCUGGAGCAGAAAAAUAUACUAGUUGAAAAUGAUGUAAAGAUGAACAAAGAUGGACUCACUGAUCUCUAUAUUCAACAUGCCAUUCCCCUGCCUCAGCGUGACUUGCCAAAAAGUAGAUGGGGGAAAAUGAUGGAGAAGAAAAGACAGCAAAAUGAGUUUAAAAGUGAGACUAAAAGUGUUACAACGGUGGAAGGUUUAAGGAAACGGCCGUUAAUUGUAUUUGAUGGCAGUUCAACAAGUACAAGCAUAAAGGUGAAGAAGACAGAAAAUGGAGCUGUUGAUCGCCUAAAACCUCCUCCAGCUGGAAGCACCACCAACACUGUUAGGAGAUUAUCUGCUCCUCCAAAUGCCUCAACGUACAUUUCAGCCUCCAGUUUAUCAGAGGACGCUAAGCUGGGAAUGAGAAAUAAUGAGGCUAAGCAGAACAAUAUUUCAAAGACUAACAGCAGUAUGUUGGCUAGUCUGAAGGUGUACCCCUUGUCUCCAGUAGCAGGAACUACUGUUGUGAAGUUAAAGAGAGCUGUUCCAAAAGAAGAAUCUGAUUUGCCGAAUGACCUAAAGCCUACGGAAGCAAAGAAGAAAAUCCAGCAUGUUACAUGGCCGUGAAGUAGCUAAAGGUGCUUGAAACAUAAAUGUUACUUCAAUAUUUUCAAACAGAUAAGUCAUAUUUAAACAGUUUAAGUACAAUUCUUUUUAAACCUUACAGGGAUUCAGAUUGCUGUGAAGUUUUAACGACUUUAAAAGUUCCCUGUUGUAACGCUGGAGUCAUUAUCACCAGUCACCUUAAAAAGUCUACUUACGUAUACCAAGUAGCUCAGUAUUUCUUUAAAAGGUGGUCAUAUUACAAUGUUCUACCACCAGCCCCACCCCCCUUUUUUAGUUUUGAAGAUUAUUAUAGUUCAUCUCCAGCAUGUCAUUCCAAUUCACACCUAGAAAUA